CAGUCGUGCUGUGCAAGUCUUAUGUAGCAGUGGGACGUCCUCCUUCUGCCUUUGUCAGCGCUCCUCUGCCACGCGGCCACUUGACAUGCCCUUUGUUGUAUCAUGACGACGAGACCCGUUGAGCCGUCGCACAAAACCAGGCACCGCCACGCGCUCCUCUGACGCCGUACCUGUCACAGGUUGGCGCUCGCGACACCACCCGCCCCAGCAUGCACUUCGCACCAUGGCAGGCAUUGCUGCUGCUUUCCGCCGCUUCCGCGCAGACGCUGACACCGCUCGACACUGCCCAGAACUCCACCUUCCAUCGUGACGGCAUCCUCUUGGGCAUCUGGAACCAGCAGCAAUCGGGCCAGUCGGCGCCUCCUGCCGCCGUCUUCCCAGUGAAUCCGCUGACACAAGCGGCAGCAGAGAGCAUUACAUCUACCGCCCUCUCUGGUGAUAUCAUCCUCGCGAACAAUCAGAACUCUCUUACCAUUAGGACUGACUCGAUCGCGCUCAUAUCCUGCGAUCCAUCGACCAGCAACCUCGGACCGGAAGAAGUAUUCAAUGCUGCGAGAGCCCAGAAUGCCACUGCCGUAGUCUUAUACUCCACUUCUGCUCAGACUUGCAACGGAAGCGACUUUGGCACUUACCAGAACAUCUUCACACUCGAAAGCUCGGAUAACUCGAAAGAGAUGUUGUCGGUCGCUGGGGACACACAGGCCUGGGCCGUCUUGGGCACCAGACAGGCCCUUAACAAUGGCACGUCGGGGGGGUCGAACUCCAAUAACAACUCCAAUCCUUCGAAUCCACUAGGACCGUCGCCGAGUACUGCUGUAGCCAUGAUCAUCCUCUACUCAAUCACCGGCGUCAUCACCGCACUAUUUCUCUGCAUCAUCAUCACGGGAGCCAUUCGAGCCCAUCGACAUCCAGAACGAUACGGACCACGCAAUGUUAUUGGUCGCACGCGACAGACUCGUGCACGAGGCCUUGCGAGAGCCAUGCUCGACUCCCUGCCUAUCGUCAAAGUGGGCGAUCGAACAGGUGGAGAGCAGACUGUCGCAAAGCCGACGGAUAUUGAACUCGAGAACGGGCAGCAGCACGGUCCAGUGGAAUACGUAGGCGAUCAGACGACGACUGCUCGAGACACAACGGAUGCCACAGGCAACGGGGCUGGAAACAGCACAACACCGGAGAUGACGUCUGGCACCGCUACUGCUGCAGGUGGCAUUGCGCCUGCUGACAACACAACGGAACGCAGCGCUUCUGCGACACCUGAUGAAAGCUCGAACCAAGGUUGCAGUAUAUGUACCGAAGACUUUGAAGUUGGAGAAGAUCAACGAGUAUUGCCAUGCGACCAUCGCUUCCAUCCUGCUUGCAUCGAUCCUUGGUUGUUGAACGUUAGCGGGACAUGUCCGCUUUGUCGAAUCGACUUGCGACCUCCAGAGGCCGCUGAAGACGCCGAGGUAGACGAACACGGAAAUCCAAUCGCUCAAGAUGCCAACCGAGAAGGACUCGCGCCGCCUUUGGAGAACGGCGAGGGUAGUCGCGGAGCGAGAGUGCGUAGGAGCAUCAUGUUGGGUAUCCUUGGCGUGGCGAGACCGGAGCGCAUGUCACGCGAAGAACGUGUUGCAGCGCUGCGCAGGUAUCGAGAGAAUGCUGCCGCGACAGCUGAAGCACAGAGACAAGCUUCUGUCACGAGUGGGACGCAAGCCGAGGAGGAGACCAGCAGACGACGAAGAUAUCGUGAUCUCUUCAGGAUCCGAACACGACGUACUGGAGAGCCGGAAACCGUAACGGAAGAACCUGCACGAGAGAAUGCUGCGAAUGCUUCGACGUCGAAUGAAGCACGAAGUACUUGAUUUGAUUUAAUUUGAGCGUGGCGUUCAGGCGAUUCAUGGACGAAAUUUGCCAAAGACUGUGCAUAUGGGUGGCGUGCGAUUUUGGAAAGACCGAAUUUAUGUGUAUGAUGUGACGGACGAAAUUUGUUGCAUAUGUGCAUAGAAUGGGAGGAAACGAACGAACGGAAAAGGGAAAGUGUGGUUGAUAGCCCACUCAAUUGCAAUGUCUUUUGCAGAUGUGGCCCGCGUACGAUAUGCAGAAUGGUGAACAAGCAGUCGGAUGCGUACGCAGAUACUGACUGCAUCGCAGACUUUCGCUGCGCUUACG